AUGGGCUGCGGAGGAUCCAAGCCCGUCGACCAGGAGGGCAAGGCCCGCUCGGACGAGAUUGAGAACCAGUUGCGCAAGGAUAGGAUGGCGAUGCGGAAUGAGAUCAAAAUGUUGUUGCUUGGAGCCGGAGAGUCGGGCAAGUCGACCAUCUUGAAGCAGAUGAAGCUCAUCCACGAGGGCUCGUACACCGACAAGGAGCGCGAGAACUACAAGGAGAUCAUCUAUUCCAACACAGUGCAGAGCAUGCACGUCAUCCUCGACGCGAUGGAGAUGAUGGGGAUCCAGCUUGCCAACCCCGAGGGUCAGCGGUACCAGGAGGUCAUCAUGUCGCAGCCGCACCAGAUCGAGGCCGACUUCUUGCCCAACGAAGUGACCGAGGCCAUCAUCGAGUUGUGGAAGGACCCGGGCGUCCGCGAGUGCUUCAGCCGCUCGCGCGAGUACCAGCUGAACGACUCGGCGCAGUACUACUUCGACUCGAUUACCCGGAUAGGGUCGCGGAACUACAUCCCCUCGGACCAGGACGUUCUGCGAUCACGCGUCAAGACGACGGGUAUCACGGAGACGACGUUCCAGAUCGGCGAGCUCAAGUACCGCAUGUUUGACGUCGGCGGACAACGGUCGGAGCGCAAAAAGUGGAUUCACUGCUUCGAGAACGUCACUGCCAUCCUCUUCCUCGUCGCCAUCUCCGAGUACGACCAGAUGCUCUACGAGGACGAGGCAAUCAACCGCAUGCAGGAGGCGCUCGUCUUGUUCGACUCGAUCUGCAACUCGAGGUGGUUCGUGCGGACGUCGAUCAUCCUCUUCCUCAACAAGAUCGACUUGUUCCGCGAAAAGCUUCCCCGCUCGCCCAUCGCCAACUACUUCCCCGACUACACCGGCGGCUCCGACCUCCAAGCCGCAUGCGACUACUUCUCCAGCCGCUUCGUCUCUCUCAACCAGAGCACCGCGAAGCAGAUCUACGUUCACUUCACCUGCGCGACCGACACGAGCCAGAUCCGCUUCGUUCUAUCGGCUGUAAACGACAUAAUCAUUCAGAUCAACCUCCGGGACUGCGGCCUCCUCUAG